CUAUUAGAGCCGGCGCGCGCUGCUUCGGCCAAAGCAGGCCGAACCUCUGAAAGUACUGCACGUCCUUCUGGCCGCAGCCGAGCAGCCCGUGUGCGGUCUUUGAGCGCUGCCCUUCGCCCUAUCUGCCCUUUUCGGACUGAUUCACAGACGUCGUCAGAAAUGAAGGCUGCGAUUGAGAAGCUGGUCUCCCUCUUAAGGGGAGAGGCAUCACACGAGCUCCAGGACUAUCUUUCAACUUUGGCAGAUGACAAACUGACCGCAAUGAUCACACAGUCCGCCUUGAAAGGAAAGAGCAUAGGACCAGUGAUCAAAGCCAUUUUCAAAGGCUCCCCAAUAAGCACCCAGGUGGGUAUGGAGCGUCGACUGCUGGUUUACAAGCAUUGCGUCCCGCUCUGUGAAUCUGGAGACAUUUCUGCAGAAGUGGUGUCUGACAUUAUCGGGCUCCUUAUGCUGGAGGUGCCACACCUCUCAGGCCCUUCGCUGGCGCACCUUGCCUCUCUCAUCGUGGAUGCCAUCAAGGGUGGCAACAUGAACAGUGGAAAGUCCUUGGAACUCUUCCCCACGAUCCUUACCGCGCUGUCAGCUGCCGAGACUGUAGCCUAUAACAAGGGAGAGUUAAGUGGGAAUGAAUAUAAGAAGCAGCUUAUAAACAGUUUAUGCUCCAGCAGGUGGGACCCACAGUGUGUCAUCCACCUCACCUCCAUGUUCAGGGAUGUACCUCUGGCAACUGAGGAGCUGCAGUUUGUGGUGGAGAAGGUGCUCAGGAUGUUUCCCAAACUGGACCUGCAAGAGGUUCCUCCUUUGGUCUAUCAGCUUCUGCUGUUGUCCACUAAGGGAUGUAAGAAACUAGUUCUGGAAGGUAUCGUUAGGUACUUUAAUGAGCAGGACCAGCAUCAGGAGGAGGAACAGAGGGACAGCCAGAGUCGGGAUGUGGAGGUCCAGUCCAUCCCUCAGGACCAGCUGCGGCAUGUACAGGGCACCACCAUCCUGCACACAGUGUUUGCUGUGCGACUGGACCAUGAGCUGGGCAGGGAGCUUCUCAAGAAUAUUAAGCAGUCAGGCACGGGGGAGCUGGGUCAGCUAUGUCCCUUUAACGUGGCUCUGCUGCUGUCCGUCGCCAGGAUCCAGCGCUACGAGGAGCAGGCAUUUGCCUUAUUGAAGGCGGCCAUUUUGAAGAACUUCAAAGACAAGCAGGUCCAGGAGGGCUCUGGGUUUGUUAGGGAGCUGGUGGCCCCCUGCCCAGGUGUGGCGCAGGCUGUCUUGGACACUGUGAGGAACAGUGUGUUUGGCUGGGACCACGUCACUCAGGGACUUCUGCAAUUGGGCUUCAUUCUCAUGGACUCAUUUGGGCCCAAACCAGGACCAUUUGGGAAGGUGGCCGAGGCGACGGCGAGUGCGGGUCAAAGCCCCACCCAGCAGGCCUGCCGACUGGGCUCCCGUCUCCUCUUGGAGGGAUUUAAGAUGCACGAACCAAUUAGAAGUGAGAUUCUGGAGCAAGUCUUGAACCGGCUGGUGACGAAGACGGCUGCACCAGUCACUCAUUUUAUAGAGUUGUUUGCAGACAUCGUUGUGUCUGCACCUGUGAUUCUUUUGGACUCAUCCUCCAAAGUCAUGGAGACCUUCGACAACCUGUCCUACCUGCCCCUGAACACAGUGCAGGGCCUUCUCAAGGCUGUCCAGCCCCUGCUGAGAGUCAGCAUGAACAUGAAAGAUGCCCUAAUUCUUGUGCUUAGGAAGGCCAUGUUUUCAAGUCAGCUGGAGGCCCGGAAGUCAGCUGUGGCCGGGUUUUUGCUGCUGCUGAAGAACUUCAAGGUCCUGGGGAACCUGUCCAGCAGCCAGGCCAGUCAGAACAUCUCCUCCAGCCAGAUCCAGGUGGAUGUUCACUCACGCUACAACUCUGCAGCCAAUGAGACCUUCUGCCUGGAGAUCCUGGGGAGUCUGAGACGAUGCCUCAGCCAGCAGGCGGAUGUGCGACUCAUGCUGUAUGAGGGUUUCCAUGAUGUCCUCCGCCGCAACUCUCAGCUGGCCAGCUCCAUCAUGCAGACACUUCUGUCCCAGCUACAACGCUACUACGAGCCUGAACCCGACCUGCUGCCACCCGUGAAAAUGGAGAGCUGCAUCACUGCGCAGGGAGACGCCGUCUUUCUUCUGGAGCCAUUGGCUCAUCUGCUGAGCUGCACAACCCACUGCCUGUUGUGGCACCAGGAGCUCCAGAACCAGAGCCGGGCUGAUGAAGAUGAUGAUGAUGAGGAGGAGGAAGAGGAAGGGGGGCUCCAUGAGGAACUGCAAGCCAUACUGGACAGCAUGACAAGGCGAAUGAUCAAGAGUGAGCUGGAGGACUUUGAGCUGGACAAAUCAGCAGACUUCUCCCUGUCAUCCAGCGUCGGGGUGAAGAACAGCAUCUACGGCUUACUCGUGUCGGGUGUGUAUGAAGUUCUCAUGGAGUACACCUUCCACUGUGCCAACUACAGCCGGAGUCACCUGGAGGAGCUGCUGGAACUCUUUAACCGCUACCACCGGCUGUCUGAGAUGCUUAAGGAGAAGUGCAGUAAGGGCAAGUCCUCCUCCAGCAAGCCAGGCCGCAGCCUGCUGUCGCUGGGCUGUGUAGGGACUCUCCUCAAAGCCCUCUUCAGAGACUCCACGCUGAGUCGCGAGGACGGCUUGUCCGUGCUCCGCUCCAGUCCCGAGUUCCUGAGCUAUGUGGUUGGCAUUGCCCUGCAGAAGGUCCAGCACCUGGAGGAGACUGGACAGACGGACGGUCCAGAUGGACAGAACGCAGAUAAGGCCUUUCAGCACCUCUGUGACAUCACCAGCGUGUUGCUAUGGCGGUACCUCCACAUUUCACCUGCGACAGAGGAGAGUGGCAAGAAGGAGAAGGGCAGGAGCAUCUCCCUUCUCUGCCUGGAGGGGGUGCUAAGGAGCUUCCGCACAGCACUGCAGCGCUAUCCCACCCGCCUGGGUCACUUCCUGUCUGCAGUCGGGGCUGCGAAUGAAGAGGACCGACAGGCAGAGGAGAACAUCAACAUUACAGAGAAGAUGGACUUCUAUAUCCGUCAGUUCCAGAGGGCGCUGACUACCCUACUGAGUGGUGAGGAGGAGGACUUUAACAGCAAGGAGGCUCAGGUCCUGCUCAGCCUCCUGAGUGUGCUGUCCCAGCAGCUGCAGCCGUCGUCCUCACAGUUUGAGCAGAUGCUCACAUGGAUUGUAAAGAUCUGCAAGGAGAGCAGUUUUGAGGACACACCAUUCUGCCGGGGGCUGCUCUCUUUGCUGUUCAGUCUGCAUUGGGUCUGUAAGAGCCCAGUCACUGUGUUAUGGGAGCUCUCCCAGGACAUCCACAGCCAGCUUGGCGACGUGGACCAGGACGUGGAGGUGGAGAAGCUGUCUCACUUUGCUGUGGUCAACAUGAAGACAGCAGCUCCUACGGCCCUCCUGGUCCUAACCCAGGUUGAGAAGGUCCUGGAUGAAGUGGACUGGCUGAUUGCCAGAAAGAGGCUGGACUCUUGUAGAGACGGGGAGAGCUCCGCAGAGGCGGCUCUCUCUGCUCGCCAGCAGGAUCCCGUGGAGAAGGCGGUGACUCUGCAGCUGGGCACCCUGCUGACGGCGCUGAACGAGCUGGUCCAGACCGCGUUGCCGCCUGGGUCCUACACCGACACGCUGCUGAAGGAGCUGACACGCACCUAUUCCCUGCUAACCACCUUCACCAAAUACUACAUCCAGCUGUGCUCCAGUCAGGGAAGACCUCUGCCCUCACGCUUUGAGAAGCUGGUGAAGCUGUCUGGCUCCCACUUAACACCGCAGUGUUACUCCCUCAUCACGUAUAUCCAGAGCGGGGAGGUGGAGAGCUCGGCCAAAGAAAAGAAAACCGCCAAGAGGGAUGAAGCUGUCGCUACGGUCUCAGCCAAAGUACUGCGGGAGACCAAGGCCAUCCCUAACCUCAUCUUCAGUAUAGAGCAGUAUGAGAAGUUCCUCAUCUUGCUCUCAAAGAAAUCAAAGGUGAACCUCAUGCAGUACAUGAAGCUGAGCACAUCCAGGGAUUUCCGCAUCAACGCGGCCGUGCUGGAGACAGCCUUGCAGGAGAGCGAAGAGGCGACAGUGUCUCAAGAUACUGAGGAGAGUGGGGAGCCCCAGAAGAAGAGGAGAAAGUGAACAGGUCAGCCUGUUUACAGCUGCCAGCACGCUGGUCCUCAUGCAAGAUCAUGGAGCUCCAGGCUGUACAGCCCACCAUGGGGCUGGUCUCUGACGUCCCUGCAAUCUUCUACCUGCCCUUCUCCAAGCUGCCUCUGGUGAUCCCUAUGAGCUGGUAGAUAUCCAGGGCUUCACCUGCACACAGUUCACAGCAUUCAGUGGUUAUACAGCUACAGCACUGCAAAUAUAAAGCUGCUCUUGUUUCUACUUGUUCAUAAAGCCAGUAGUUAUGUGCCCUUUGCAGUGGCUCUUCACUCUAAUCCUGUAGUUUUCCUUUGGUCUGUUCCCCCUUUUUUAAUGUAAUGGUCUAUUAUAACCUGCUAAUAGUUCCAAGAACAUUUAUGUAAAUAAAAAGCAAAUACAGUG